AUGACCGUCGCUGGCGCCGCCGCCGAGGCACUGGACCGGCUCCCCGUCGUCGGGCCCGUCCUCGCCUCCUGGCCAAAAACCACUCUCACUGCCCUCAUUGCGCUCGCAAUCUUCGUCGCCCUCUACGCCUACCUCUACGUGUACCGCUCCCUCACCCUGCCCUUUGCGAAUGUGCCCGGUCCCGAGCCGAGCUCCUUCUUCUGGGGCUCGCUCAUGGAGAUCAUCAAGGCCCCGCCCUCCGCAAUGCACGAGCAGUGGUACGCCGAGUACGGCUCCACGUUCAAGUACCGCGCGAUCGGGGGCGACUGGCGGCUGUGCAGCACCGACCCGGGCUUCCUCUCCUGGAUGCUGGGACACGACGAGCUGUUCCCGAAGCCGCCGCAUUCUCAAAAGUUCCUCUGGAAGCUGCUCGGUCCCGGUCUCGUGACGGUGGAAGGCGACCACCACGCCAGGCAGCGCCGCGUCGUCUCCCCCGCCUUCAGCACGAAGGCGCUCAAGGACCAGGUGCCGAUUUUCUUCGACAAGGCUGCGGAACUGCGUGACAAGCUUUUGUUGUUUGUCGAGGGCAAGGGCGACGAGCGCCCCGCCCUGCCCCCCUCACCGGGUGAUGAGGAGAAGGGCGGCCGCAAAAUCGACGUCAUGAAGUAUCUCGGCCAGAUGGCCGUGGACAUCAUCGGCCAAGCUGGGUUCGGGUACGACCUGGCCAGUCUCUCGGGCCACCCCAAGCCGCUCGCCGAGGCAUUCCGCGUCAUGAUGGGUGCGGGCCUCAACCCGGGCCCGAUCCAGGUGCUCAAGACCUUCAUCCCCUUCCUGUCCUUCAUCCCGACGCGCGCGGACAAGAUUCUGGAAGAAUCAAAUGUGAUCGCACACCGCGAGGCGGCCGCCAUCAUUGCCGAGCGCACGCGCGAGGUGCGCGCUGCGGGCGACGUCGACGAGGGCGCGUUCGGCAAGGAUCUCCUCUCCAUGCUCCUGAAGAGCAACAUGAGCAGCGACUUGCGCCCGGACCAGAAGAUGACGGACGAAGACGUCUUCGCGCAAGUGACCACGUUCAUGCUCGCCGGCAACGAGACUUCUGCCACGGCGCUGACGUGGAUCCUCUGGCGCCUCGCACAACACCAGGACAUGCAGCAGCGCCUCCGCGAUGAGUGCCAAGAGGUCAACGAGGGCGACUAUAGUGCCGUCAACAGUCUGCCGUAUCUCGAGGCCGUGGUGCGUGAGAGUCUUAGGCUCGACUCCCCCGUCCCCGCAACCCUGCGCGUCACAAAGGAGGACGUCACGGUGCCGCUCUCGAAACCCAUCCGCGGCAAGGACGGAACCCAGAUGGACUCGGUGCGCCUGAAGAAGGGCACGACCGUCAUGGUGCCGAUCCACGUCGUGAACUGGGCCAAGGACAACUGGGGCGCAGACUCCAAGACCUUCAACCCCGACCGCUGGCUCAAGGAGCAGUCGCCGUGGAAGUACCAGAACCCCGGCGUGUUCGCGAAUCUCAUGACGUUCAACCAUGGCCCCCACAACUGUAUCGGAUACCGCUUCUCCAUUGCUGAGAUCAAGGUCACGCUCUUCACGCUGAUUAGGGCACUCAGCUUCGAGCUCCUCCCCAGCAGGCCCAAGUUUGAGAUGAAGACGGGCAUCGUCAUGCGCCCCAUGGUCGUCGGGCAGGAGAAGGAGGGUCCCCAGAUGCCUCUCCUUGUUAGGGCGCUGGAGGCGUAG